AUGAUUUCUGUACACUUCAAUUUCCUUAAAUAUUUUUAUACAACACUAUGUUUUUUGACUUUAAUUUUAAUUACUUUACAACACAAUUCUGAUAAUUUACAAUCAGAAUUUAAAAAGGGAAAACAACUCAAAAUACUUGUAUAUUCUCCAUCAAUAAGUUGGAGUCACGCAAAAUUUUUGGGAAGAAUUGCGGAUACUUUAGUUGAUGCUGGUCAUGAAGUGCAUUUCCUCAAGUACAUAAUGUCUCCAGAAUUAAAAUUUAAAAAUGAAACUAGCAAAGUUGAUAAACUUUAUAUCAUCGAACCAAAUAUAGAAAAUGCUGCACAGUUGAACAUUAAAAAUAUUCCAAUGAUUGCUGACUCAAUAACUAGUAAACGGCCACUUUUAACAUUUCUUGAUCAUCCUGCUUUUCAAUUUGACCCAUUAAUGGCUACAACAUGUAGAGAUAUAAUUAAGCAAAGAAAACUUCUACGAAAACUAACUCAAGAACACUUCGAUGUGGGUAUAACAGAAAUGUAUGAUUAUACCGGUGUAGCUGUAUUUCACAAAAUUGGAAUACGAACAAAGAUUUCAGCGUACGCUCUUCCUUUAUUUGGAUAUAUUACCAGCCAAUUCGAUAUUCCAAACUUUCCCAGCUUCAUACCAAAUUUGUUUGCACCCUUAUAUGUCGGAUUUGAAUCCUCAUUUAUUUCAAGAUUGAUCAAUUUUUAUAAUCACUUUUUAGCCUGGAUUUGGAUAGAUGAUGUUUAUUUUCGAACUCAAUAUCCGAUCAUCAAAGAAGCAUUUGGCCAAGAUUUUCCGAAUGUAAAAGAACUUGUUAAAAAUUCUUCACUCGUCUUUAUCAACUCAAAUCCCUUCUUAGAAACGACUAGACCCAUUUCUAAUAAAUUUAUUUAUAUUGGAGGACUGGCAAAUGAUCAAUCAGAAGAAAACAAAAAAUUAGAUCAAAGAACUCAGCUUAUUUUGGAUCAAGCAACGGAAGGUGCUGUCCUUUUCUCUUUUGGUUCUCUUACAGAAACAACCAGAAUCGGCAAACAUAUGUUGGAUUCAAUUAUUAAUUCAUUCAAACAAUUCCCCCAAAUUCAUUUCCUUUGGAAAGUUGACAAGGAUACAAUUAGUAAUAUUUCAAAAUUGCCAAAUGUGCAUGCUUUUGAGUGGCUUCAACAACCUGCAAUUCUAGCACAUCCCAAUCUCCGAGCAUUUAUUACACAUUGCGGCCAAAACAGUAUAACAGAAUCAGCAAUUGCGGGCAUUCCAAUUGUUGGAAUUCCACUUUUUGCUGACCAAUUUUACAAUGCUGAUAUUGCUCAAAAACGGGGUCUAGGAAUUCAAAUAGAUGUUAAUGAUUUGAGUGGGCCUAAUGCUGAAAAUGUUUUGGUUGAAGCGAUAAGGAGUAUUCUCUACCAACCAAAAUACCAACAAAACGCCAAAAUAAUAUCCAAAAAAUUAAAAUUAACUCCAUUCAGCCCAACAGAAAGACUUGUAAAAUGGGUUGAAUUUGCUGCAGAAUUUGGAGAUUUGCCAGAACUUAAUUUACCUGGAGAAAAGGAAAUGAACUGGUUUGUUUAUUAUUCACUUGAUGUUAUUCUCUUCUCUAUAAUUGUUUUGGUUAUUUUGUUUUGGUUGACAUUUAAAUGUUUUAAAUGGAUAUUAUUUGGAAUUAUUAACUCUUGGUUCAUAAAAACUGAAGGAAAAGAAACAAAGUUGAAGCAAGGAUGAAUAUUUUUUUAUUUUGAUGACAAAAUUACUAUAUUUGUAAUUAUUUUUCUGUUUAAAUUUUUUCAUAUCUAAUCUAUCCUGUAAAGAUCCAUAUCUCAGC